ACAAAUCCUUUUCAAAAUCCCCCAAAAUAGAACAGAUAUCCCCCAGGGCCAUCUAUUUUUUCUUCCAAGAAACUGUUUUUGAAUCCAUACCUUACACUUUUUCUUCCAUCUAUGGCUGCUGCAGCAACAGGGACACAUGGUCAUGGGGAGCAGAUACCCCCGGGGAAGCCCAUGUCAACUGAGCAACACAUACUGGAUAAAGGUGCUGAAAUGCUGCAGUCUUUGACACCCAUUAAGCAAAUGAAUCAGCAUGUUUGCACUUUUGCACUCUACAACCAUGACAUGAAUCGCCAAAUCGAAACUCAUCAUUAUGUCACCCGUGUCAAUCAAGAUUUUCUCCAAUGUGCUGUUUACGACUCUGAUAACUCCAACGCCUGUCUUAUCGGGGUGGAGUAUAUAGUAUCUGAUCGCAUCUUUGAAUCCUUACCUAAAGAAGAGCAGAAACUUUGGCACUCUCAUGCUUACGAGAUAAAAUCAGGACUGUGGGUGAAUCCUAGAGUUCCAGAGAUGGUAGUGAAAAAAGAUCUCGAGAAUUUUGCCAAGAGCUAUGGCAAAUUCUGGUGCACAUGGCAAACAGAUAGAGGUGAUAAGCUACCAGUUGGACCACCAUCACUGAUGAUGUCUCCACAGGCGGUGAAUUUGGGGAUGGUAAAGCCAGAGCUAAUCCAGAAGAGAGAUGACAGGUACAAUAUGUCGACUGAUGCCAUCAAAAGGACGAGGCUAGAGAUAGCGGAGCCUGAGUGGAUUAAUCCUGAGGCAGAUUAUUGGAAACAGCAUGGGAAAUGCUUCGAGAUGCAUGUUGAGGAUGUUGAAAUGAAGAAGAUAGCUCCUUUUCCAUAAAGAGUCUAAUACUGGCAACCGAAAAUUUAGCCAGUGUGACAUAAAAGUCUCUUAUUUCUUUUGUUGCUGUGUAAAAAUAACGAUGCAUGCAUGCGCAUGAACUUAUUUCCGGGUUUCUUCCGAAUUCCCAAAACUAAUGGUACUCGUAACGUGACUAGUA